AUGGCUACAACAACAACUACAACAACUUCCACAUCGUCGAAAAAGAAAAUCGUUUGGUCAUGGCAAUCAAAUCCGGAUCCGUGGAAUGAAAACGAGGAAAAAGUAUGGAAGUAUUAUUCAGAUUUUGCAAAUGAAUUUAUUGAAGAUGCACAUCAAAAGAAGAGUGAAGGAGAAGUUCAAUUAGGUGAUUAUGUUAUUGAUUUUAGGCAAAUGUUGCAAAUUAGAAAAGAUAAUAGAACUAAACAGAGACCUAUAAAACGAGAAGAAGUUAAUGUUAGUCGAUAUUUACGAGAAGAAAGAUUUUGUUUUGCGGAAAAACCAAUGAAAUCAUUUACCAUUACUCAAUACGGAGGAGGCAAAUUUACUUAUGGAUGGCAUGAGCGAAAUCAAGUGUUAUGUUAUCCUGCUACACGUUAUUCAGAAAUUGUUGAACAAGCAGCUAACGGUAAUUUUCUUUCUUUGACCAUAUCUACAAAUAAAACUCUUCCUUCUUGUUUUGUGAAAACUAUGGGUAUUCUGGAAGAAGGUAAAUUAUUAAAUGAAGAGUCGGAAGCUCAGCUGAUAGCUGAUAAACUACGACAUGUUAAAGAUAAAUCAGUCAAGGAAAUUUAUGAUUGUUGUAUUCGUCUUUAUUCAGCAGAAUCAUUUCUAUAUAAAUUAGUCAAUUCAACGUUAAGAAGCGAAGAUAUGACUAAAACUGAUACAUUAGGUGCUUACUGUCAAUUAUUAUCAUGGCAUUUAGGGUGUUCAGAACUUGAUCAAAAAGAAUUAACUGUUUAUCGUGGUUGUAAACUCACUGAAGAAUUGAUUGAAGAAUAUACACAAAAUGUUGGUAAACGAAUUCAAUGGUUAGCAUUUACAUCGACAACAAAAGAUCGUAAAGUGGCUGAAGGGUAUGGUAAUACGUUAUUUAUUAUUAAUCUCCAACGUUGUCAACCAUACGGCAAACAACGUGACAUAGCAUCUUUAUCGCAAUAA